AUGAUUUCUCAAGCUCAUCGGUCGACGAACGGCCCGCAGAAGGAUGAGCUGAUCCAUCAAGAUGAGGCAGGGCAUCGAACUUCUCACAAAACCGUGCCCAAAGUCGUGGAAUCUCAUCUGGGUGAUUAUGACAUUUUACCAGCCAGAGAGAACACCCUUGACAGCGUGGCGGAGCCUCACACAUACUCGACUUUGAGAUGGUGGUACAUGGAAAUAGGAUGUUGUUUUCUCGCCGUUGCAAGUCUCGUCGCUCAGGCAAUCGUCCUGUGGCAGUACGAUGGCAAGCCGCAAGAUGCAUGGCCAAGCACGAUCCUGACCCUCAACGGUCUGAUCGCGAUUCUGUCUACCGUCUGCCGCGCGACCUUCAUGAUUGCUGUGGGUGCCAUUCUCAGCCAGGCGAAAUGGAAUCAUUUCUCUGGAAAGAAGGGUGGAUACCAUAGACUGGAUGACUUUACGUUGAUCGACGACGCCUCGAGAGACCAGGUUAUGAGCAACACGCAAGGCCAAGCAGGUACCGUUGCCAGAAGUCAAUGGGCAAGCACGGUGUCGGGAUACUCAAACUCUUGGAACCCCCUAUCACCCACGAAACUUGCCAUGUACACCGGAUUCAUGUCUACGGAAGUCAACUUGCCGCAAGUGACCUGCCCCACUGGUAACUGCACUUGGCCCAUCAUUCCGACCGUCGGUGUCUGCGGCUCCUGUGUCGACCUAACAUCGGAGAUCAAAAUGAACCGAAGCUCUUCUGCGAGUUGCGUUGUGACUGCGCCUGACGGUGCGCGUCUUAGUGGUUACUGCGGCACAGGAUCCGACUGGAUGCCCGUGUUCAACAUCAGCACUGGCUCGAACCGCACCUUCGAGUCCAGGGAUCCUCGAAUGAUCAAGGCGGACGCGCCCAAUCUGAUUGCGCAGUUCAGCGGUCUCGGUAUUCCUGGCGGGAUGCCGGCGACGACCCCACUUGAUGACUCCCGCGCGGCUGAGUGUGCUCUGUGGUAUUGCCUCCAGGCGAGGAAUAUCAGCGUAGAGUCCGGACAGCUGAAGGACGAGAUUGUCGAUACCUGGAGUGAGGUGGAUGAAGGCUCGACUUCCACCGGGAGAAAUGUCACAUUCGUGAACAUCCCGGCCAACUUCAAUACCGAGGCAGGCAAGAGCUACGGAAUGGGUCCAUUUCAGAUGUACGCCAUGAAAGCAUACGCAAAGACAAACAUUAUAGGAAACGUCAGCGCCGAUGGGACUUUGGGGAUUGUCUUCACCUCGGCGUCUCCCUUUGCGGACGGAAUGCACGCCAGUUUCGGGGACGUCGGCAGCUGGAUGGAGAGACUUACAAGAAGCUUGACCAACGACGUACGCCUGAACAGUAACGACACUACAGGCAACGACGCUUUCAGAGGUACCGUGAUGGCUACCCAGGUUGUCAUUGUAGUGCGCUGGGCUUGGAUCGUAUACUCUGUCGCCCUGGUCGCUGUGUCGGUGAUUUAUCUCGUAGUUGAGGUUCUGCGAACGAAAAGGAAAGGGCUGCUGCCAUGGAAGUCCGACGUACUUUUGCCAGUAUGCAUGAACAUGGACGAUGAAAUCAGAGAGAAAGCAGCCGGCGGCAUAGUUGAGCCUGGCGGCCUCAAGAGACUGGUCGGAGAUGUUCCGGUUCAGCUCAAGGCUGACAGGACAGGCGUCAUCCGGUUCGCGCAAGAGGUCAAGACCGAUGGAACCCAUUCGCCCAGAGAAAAUGCGAAUGAGUGA